GUUCGGUUUAAAAGUGUUUUGUGCGCCGUUUGGAGACACAGUUCGCUUUCGAGUUCGCUAAAAACACAAAGCACAGGCAUUAGCUCCACUGAAAAAUCAGAUUACGCUGUCAAGGCAGAAGCCCAAGUCGAGUCGCCUCAUUCUCAUUUGUGCAUCUCAAGCAAAACAAACUAAGUGACAAACAAAUUUUGGUUCUGUGAUUUUGUGUUACAAAGACUUCAACGACGAUCAAAGAUGGUGAAAUUAAUCGCUAGCCUGCUCCUUUUGGCCGUGGUGGCCCAGGCCUAUGGAGAUUUCAAGUGCUCCCUGGCUGUUCCCGAGAUCACCAAGGAUUGGGUGGACAUGAAGGAUGCCUGCAUCAAGGGCAUGCGCCACCAGAUACAGGAGGAGAUCAACGCCUCCUACCAGUACUUGGCCAUGGGCGCCUAUUUCUCCCGAGACACCGUCAACCGCCCCGGAUUCGCCGAGCACUUCUUCAAAGCCGCCAAGGAGGAGCGUGAGCACGGCUCCAAGCUGGUGGAGUACCUCUCGAUGCGCGGUCAGUUGACCGAGGGAGUCAGCGAUCUGAUCAAUGUGCCGACUGUUGCCAAGCAGGAGUGGACCGAUGGCGCUAGCGCCUUGUCCGAUGCCCUCGACCUGGAGAUCAAGGUCACCCGCUCCAUCCGCAAGCUGAUCCAGACCUGCGAGAGCAAGCCCUACAACCAUUACCAUCUGGUGGACUAUCUGACCGGUGUCUACCUGGAGGAGCAGCUCCACGGACAGCGCGAGCUCGCCGGCAAGCUGACCACCCUCAAGAAGAUGAUGGACACCAACGGCGAACUGGGCGAGUUCCUGUUCGACAAGACCCUGUAAAGUGGGCGGAGAUAGCGAGUGGAGCAGCCCAGUCACGCAUCAAAAUUAUCAGCCAGUCGACUUCAUAAAGUGUUCUGUUGUUAUCUGUUAGCCGAGAGAGCCUUCCCCGAGGGUCCACUAUUAAAUCAUCCAAUCAACCAAGUCAACCAAGACUGGCCAAUAAAUUAUCCGUUCGACUGCGAUCCUCAAGCCAGCACAGCAAAA